AUGAAACUGUUCGCCCUCCUCCCUCUCCUCGCCUCGAUGGCCACGGAGAGCGGAGCUUCGCCGAUCACCAAGCGGGAAGUACCCCAAGAGCUGUCGCACAAGAAGUACCUCACUGCCACUCAGCAGAGUCUUCAGCUCAACAACCCCGACAAGAUCCAGGAUCCUGUCUUUGGUCUCCUCGGUAACGCAGCCGCCGCCGCGGGCGCUGGGUCCAUCACCAACCUCGACUGUCUCCAGCAAGCUACGGCCGACCAGGCAUUCACCAACGCCAAGGCCGCCGGGGACGUCGAUGGGAUGACGGCCGCUUUGGUCUAUCGGUCGAUUGAGCGCAAUACGGGUAAAGUAGGGUUGAAGAGUGUGACGUGUACCGAAGUGGCCAAGAAUCCCGAGAUUGCGGCGCUCAAGCAGCAUCAGGAUCCAGCUUCGGACGGCGCGGCGGCGGAGAACAAGGCGAUCACGCUCGAGCUGGCUCGGCAGAUCGCGAGUGUGGGCGGAGACCCCUUGACUGCGCUGGACGCAGGCACCUUCAGCCCCGGAGACCUCAACGACAAUACCGGUAAAGGCAACACGUGCGACGUCGCGGAUGACGCAGAGGGAUGUAUCUUUACGCAGAAUUUGCUCGUUCCUGACGCUACCGAGGCUGAGAUCACUGCUGCCAUCUCUGCUGGCGGUGGGGCCGCUGCCGCUCCUGCUGCCGGUAAUGCCAACGCCAACGACGCUGCC